CCUUUAUAUGAGGUAGAUAGAGAAAGAAAGGGAGGGAGGGAGAGAGAGAGAGAACGUGCGAAACAGAGGAGGGUGUGAUGUGGAGGAGUGUUUGUGUUUCGCCAGUGAAGAUGGUGUUAGAUUCUGUGAAGAUAUUGGCUUGCAACAAAGUGCUAUUCACAACCAUCAUGCUCUUUACAACCUUGCCUCUCUCAACCCUCAUAAUCUCCCAAUCAAUCUCCACCCACAAUCUCACCUCUCAAAUCCACCGUCUCGAAGCCGUUGCUCACCUCUCCCACACACGCUUAGAGGCUCGACACGUGCGCCACGAAUCCCGCGACGACGCCGUUUCCCUCAUCCGCAUCAAAGCCCUAUUCUCCCUCCCCUCCUACCUCCUCUCCCUCGCCGCCGCCCUCUCCGCCGUCCACUCCACUCUCCUCGCCUCCCACGGCAAGACCCCCACCUUCCACUCCGCCGUCGCCGCCCUCAGGCUCAACUGGAUGCGCCUCUUCGUCACCACCAUCUUCGUCUACGCCAUCCUCUUGGCCUUCUCCCCCGUGCCCCGAGCCUUCGCCGCCCUGACCGCAUCCGCCGGGUCAAGAUUCGUGGUCAUGGCAAUCGGGUCGGGUCUCGAGGUGUACCUGAUGGCGGUGGUCAGCGUGGGCCUCGUGGUAUCUGUCGCGGAGGAGAGGUUCGGGUGGGAGGCUAUUAAGAUCGGAUCGGGUUUGAUGGAAGGGAGGCGGGUCUGCGGGUGGUUUUUGUCGGGUCUGUUGGUAUUGUUUUCGAGUAUGAUCGGGUCGAAGCUGCAGGGUUUGAUGGACGGUCAGGAUUCGAUGGGUUUUGAGGAUAAAACAAUUGUGAUUGGUUGGUAUGGAUUGGUAAUGCUGUGGAGUUAUGUGAUAAUGACAGUGUUCUACUGUGAUUGUAGAAGACGGCAUCCAAUUAGGGAACCCCAACCCGAUGAUGAUCACCAACUUCACGAACUCUCUUUGUGAUGUAAUUCUAGGGUUUCUAUUUUUGUUGUUUCUGUUGUAGAUUUUGUUAUAAGUUCGAGCUUUAACAUCUUCCAAGUGUAGACACUUUUUUUUUUUUUAUAACUCGAGAUGUUACCUAUAAAUAUGUAUGUUUUAAAUUUAGAAUUUGAUUGUCGGAUAAAAAAAAUAUUUAAGUGAUGUA